AUGAAAGUCGCAACCCUCGUUGGAGUGCUCGCCGCUGCUGCCCAAGCAGUCGAAGUCCCUUGUACCGGCACUACCUCACUGAAAGAAGAGGCGGCCAAGAAGAACCUUCUCUUUGGCUCAGGCGCCAUCAAUCCAGCCUACCUCGACGACGCCCAGUUCAGAGCUGUCCUCUCUGAGCAGUUCAACAGUCUCUCGCCCGAGAAUGAGCUGAAGUGGAACUUCUUCCACACGGCCAAAGAUGAGUACGACUGGCACAAACUCGAUCGUCUCGUCGAAUUUGCCGAGGCCAAUGACAUGGUAGUCAAGGGCCACGGACUUCUCUCGACAUGCUGCAACCCAGAUUAUGUCCUCGACAUAACAAGCCCCGAUGCCCUCCGUGCUGAAAUCACCGAGCACUUUGAGGCUGUUAUGCAUCGAUACAAGGGCAAGAUGGACCGAUGGGAUGUCGUCUCUGAAGCCCUCAAGACAAACGGUAGUGGUUUAGCUCCAAACCACUUUUACGAUACCCUCGGCCCUGACUGGGUCGAGGAGGCCUUUCGAAUUGCUCGAGCAGCUGAUCCAGACGCCAAGCUCUUCCUCAAUGAGAAUCUUGUUGAGUCAAUGCCAAACAAGCGUCAAGAACUCUACGACAUGGUUGCCAAGCUCAUUUCUAAGGGCGUUCCUAUCGAUGGAAUUGCACUACAGACGCAUGUCACCCUUGAACCUUUGGUACCUGGUGUUAUUCAGGAUAUGGUCAACUCUUACAAGGCUCUUGGUCUUAAGGUUUCUAUUGCCGAAUUGGAUGUCCACACGUACAACGCAACUCAACAAGCCGAGAUUUAUGGUGACGUUAUCAAGGAAGCUUUGGACGCUGGCAUCACUGAUAUCAGUUUCUGGGGUUUUACGGAUAAGCACCUGUACACCUGGCUCCCGGGCUCGAAGCCGUUGAUGUUCAAUGAGACCUAUCACCCCAAGGAGGCUUUCUACUCAACUCACGAUGCUCUGGCCAAAUUUGUUCGACAAGACUGA